GAUUAAUAGCCAAGAGAAGCUUUCCCGUUACUAGAAUUAAUCAGCUGAUAUAUUCACCAAAUUAAUUCAUUUUUUUUUUUUACUAAUUUAAUUGAAACAUGAUCAAUAAUAUUGAUACAGAUCUUGAACACAAGAAGUCUUCACCAUCAACAACAUCUUCGCCUCCAUUAAGUAGUCCACCACAGGCCGAUUACGAUCAAGGCAUAGCCACCGGUUCUCUUCCGGUGGCCACCUCAAUAAACCAGCCCUCAUCCCUUGACAUUCCCAAACCAAAUGCAGCCCACUACCAAAUCAAGGAUCUAGUUUCAUGGUCCUCCGGCCUUUGCGCCUGCUUCUCCGAUUUCCCAAACUGUUGCGUAACAUUCUGGUGUCCAUGCAUUACUUUUGGGCAAAUUUCUGAGAUUGUGGAUAGAGGAUCAUCCUCUUGUGGUAUAAAUGGGGCGCUUUAUGCACUCUUAUCAUACUGCACUUGCUGUGCAUGCAUAUUCUCAUGCUUCUAUCGUUCGAAAAUGAGGAAACAAUACAGAUUAAGAAAAAGCCCUUGUGGAGAUUGCUUGGUUCAUUUUUUCUGUGAGUAUUGCGCUUUGUGCCAAGAAUACCGCCAUCUCAAAAGCCUUGGCUUUGACAUGUCCAUUGGAUAUCACGAGAAUAUUAGCAGACAUAAUAUUGUUAUGGAGAUACCACCAGCUGUGGAAGGAAGCAUGAAUCGAGGCUAGUUAGCGGGCGACCAAGAGAGUUUCUUAUAAAUAUAAUUUUCUAUUUCUCUUUAUUAUUAUUUUGGAUCAAUAUUAAUUACUUUGAUUAUAUGUCGCAUGGUGAUCUGUUCCUGCAGCAAUUAUAGGUAGGUGUAUCAAAAUUUAAGGAAAAACACAUGAGAAGAUUAUUAUUCAGCACAUUCAUGAAUUCCUUACAUAUUAAGUGGGAAAAAAAUUGGAAUUGUAGAAUAAAUUCAGAGAGUAGAAUUUUUGUUUCAGCCAUGCUUUGUCACCG